AUGACUGUCCAACAGCGAGGACUUGGAAGCAAUGGCUCAGAUAAUGAGGAUGCUAUGGGAAGUGUGAAGACCAUCUUGGUUACUGGGGGCGCAGGAUUCAUUGGGGGCUGGUUCAUUCGGCACCUCCUCCAGGUAUAUGGUACGAGGUAUACGGUACUCUGCUUUGAUAUUCUCGAUUACUGCGCGUCCAAGUGCAACAUACACCCCGUCGAGCAUCUUCCCAACUUCCACUUUUUUGGAGGCGAUCUGUGCGACCCCGACAGUGUAACAGCUGUCUUCCAGCAGUUUACAGUGGAUGCCAUUGUCCACUUCGCAGCAAAUUCUCACGUGGAUCAGUCUCUGAUUAACCCCGUCUCUUUCACUCGGAACAACGUGACUGGGACCCAUGUUCUUCUGGAAGCAGCACGACAGGCUGGGACGGUCGUACGGUUUAUCCACGUAUCUACUGACGAGGUAUACGGAGAAAAUCGGCCAAACCAGGACUAUGCCUUUACCGAGGAAGAUCGGCUGAACCCGACCAAUCCAUACUCAGCUAGCAAAGCCGCUGCUGAGAUGAUCGCCAAUGCCUAUCGGUAUUCUUUCCAUAUGCCCAUCAUAAUAACUCGCUGCAACAAUGUUUUCGGUCCCUGUCAGUACCCGGAGAGUAAGAGCUCCCUGAUGACAUUCUAG